AUGUCGACAUUUACAAAUAGGUUGAUCAACAAGAAGAGUCCUUAUCUUUUGCAACACGCUCAUAACCCCGUCGAUUGGUAUCCUUGGGGCGAAGAAGCUUUCAACAAGGCCAAACAGGAAAACAAGCCCAUCUUUUUAAGCGUGGGUUACAGUACUUGCCAUUGGUGUCAUGUCAUGGAACAUGAAUCUUUUGAAAACGAAAGCAUUGCAGCUGUUAUGAACCAGAAGUUUGUGAACAUCAAAGUGGAUAGAGAAGAGAAUCCUGGCGUGGAUAAAUUAUACAUGGCGUAUGUACAGCUCACAUCAGGUCAAGGCGGUUGGCCCAUGUCUGUCUUUUUAACGCCUGAUUUGAACCCUUUCUUUGGUGCUUCCUACUUCCCUCCCCAAGAUCAAUACGGUAAACCCGGAUUUAAAACUCUAUUAAACCGUAUUGCACAACUGUGGGAAACAAAUCCACAAAAGGUAAAAGCAAGUGGAGAAAAUAUGACACAACAAUUGCGAUCUUAUAUCCAGGCGAAACCUGCCGAAUUGGCAUCAGCAUUAGAUCCGGUUGCAGUUGCCGCAGAGGCCUACCAUCAUUUUGAGAAUUCUUUCGAUCCUGUCUAUGGUGGAUUUGGUCCUGCACCAAAAUUUCCUACACCCGUGCAGCUGCAGUUCUUGAUAGACUAUUACAUGUACAACAGGCAGAAAAAGACCGCGGACGCACAAAAGGCACUUGAGAUGGCAUUAUUCACACUAAAGAAGAUUGCUGCUGGUGGCAUUCAUGAUCAUGUUGGCAGUGGAUUUCAUCGCUAUAGCACCGACAAGAAAUGGCAUGUGCCUCACUUUGAGAAAAUGCUGUACGAUCAGGCGCAGUUGCUCUCGCUUUAUUCAUCAGCUUAUCAAAUCACUGGCGAGUCUGUGUUUGCAGAGGUAACAAGAGACAUCAUUUUGUAUGUGUCGAGGGAUUUGCACCACGCACAAGGUGGCUUCUAUUCAGCUGAAGAUGCCGAUUCACUGCCACACGACAAAUCAACGAAGAAACUGGAAGGCGCUUUCUGUGUUUGGGAGAUUUCCGAGCUGCAAGACAUUCUGGGCUUGGUCAACUCGUACGUUGUGGGCGUGCAUUAUGGUUGCAAAGAGGAAGGAAAUGUGGACCCAGCGCAAGAUCCUCAAAAUGAAUUGAAGCACAAGAAUGUCCUGUCAGAGUCUCAGUCGAUAGAAGAAACUGCUAAAGCUGCUGGAAUGACACCAACGGAAGUCCUUGAGAUUUUGAAUCUUGCAAAGAUCAAACUAUGGGAAUACCGUGCCAAAGUUCGUCCUCGACCUCAUCGAGAUGAAAAGAUUUUGACCUCUUGGAACGGCCUGAUGAUCACUGGCUUAGUACAUGCUUACGAUGCCACUCAGGACGAGGAUAUCAUUAAAUUAGCAGUAGAAGCGGCUGAAUUUAUUUACCGCGAACUGUAUGAUUCUUCAACACAUACUCUACUGAGAAGCUACUGCAACGGUCCUUCUGAUAUACAAGGUUUUAUCGAUGACUAUUGCAAUCUGAUCCAAGCUCUUUUAGAUUUAUACGAGGUGACUUUCGAUGAACGAUGGAUUGAAUGGGCAUUUGCACUGCAAGAAAAGCAAAAUGAACUGUUUUACGAUGCUGAGCAAGGAGGCUACUUCAAUGUUACUGUCACUGACACAUCCAUCUUGGUUAGAAUGAAAGAAGAACAAGAUGGCGCUGAGCCUUCAGCGAACGCUGUCUCUUUGAGAAAUCUAGUUCGUCUUUCAUCUCUUUUAGAGGAGCCUGGCUACUUUAACAAGGCACAGGAAACAGUGCGUGAAUUUAGAUUGUCUUUGAGCAAAUUUCCAUUUGCUAUACCUGCAUUGGUCGCUUCGUUCAUGUUGGUUUCCAAUGGACAGAAAGAGAUUGUUUUAGCAGGUAGACUCACAGAUCCUACCAUGUCUACAUUUAAAAAGAUUGUCUCUCGUGUGUUUAUGCCAAACAAACUGGUGGCUUUGGCCAAACCAGAGGGCUUCAUCGCAUCCAAAAACUCUGUCAUCAGGCAAAUUGCAGAGCAAUCUCAAAGCGCUGUGAAUGAGCCAGCAGCAUACAUUUGCGAGAAUUUUGCUUGUGGUUUGCCUAUAUACGAUGCUGAGCAGCUCAAAUCAGCAUUAGCAUAA